AUGCAGUGUCGUCCUUCCGUCCGGGACCAGGGCCGCCUUCUCGAAGAGGCCCUGGGAGUAGUGCGACAGCAGUCGCAUAUGAUGCGGAAAUGCCUUGAAAGCCCCGGAAAACUCAUGGAUGCCCUCAAAUGCGCGUAUGUCGCCCCCUCCAUACCUGUUCGCAAUGGCUAGGCAGCCAUUGCCACGCUCCAAUGUCGCAUGCACAUUACUCACCUCUCAACCCAAUGGCUAGGUCUACCUUUGUAUCAGAGCUCC